CCAAGUACAUGUCAAUGGAAUUACUGAUACAGAAGAGGAAAGAAUUAAAGAAGCUGCAGCCUAUGUUGCCAGAAGAAAUCUUAUGGCCACUGGUGAAGGUAUCACCACCACCAAGCAGUCCACAGUGUCCUCUCAGCAAGAGGAGCUUUUUGAGAAGAAAUCAAGAAAAGUGGCCAUACGGGAGAAGGCAGACCGCCUAGUACUAAGGAAAACAUUAGAAGAGACUGAGGAAUUUCAUAGAAAGUUGAAUGAAGAUAGCCUUCUUCAUGCUCCUGAAUUUGUCAUCAAGCCUCGUUCCCAUACUGUCUGGGAGAAACAGAAUGUCAGAUUACACUGCUCUGUGUCAGGCUGGCCAGAACCACGGCUUACAUGGUAGGUUGUACCUUUAUAAGAAUUAUUGAUAGAAACAAUAUACAUGAAUUCUGAUUUAGCUGUUACCACCAAUGGACUUGAUUUGGACUACCAGUAUAUAAAAAUCAAUGAAGAUGGUUUCUAGUUUGGAGGAUUGUCAGGAGGGAUUAUGAUGCUGGACUCUGUACUUUAUGCAGGGGAAAGAGGAUGCUUUUCUAAAGGAUGACUUUACUGUUUCUUCCUCUUAUAUACAGUAUUAAAAGUUAGUCACCUCUUUAAAAAAAGUCAAAAUCUAUGACCACAACCAGAAUAGGAGAGAACCUGAGAACUUUAAUAAAAUCCCUUCACCCUUUCACGCCAAGGUUUGCAAAUUCAGAAUCCUUUGUAUCAGAAGCUAUGCUCUACUGUUUUUCUUUUUUUUUUUUUAAUGUAAAUCAUAAAAAAAGGAUAGCUACUACUACUGUGUGCCAACUCUGAUCUCAUUGCACCUUCUCAUAUGCAACAGAAGAUAAUUAGGUUUGAAAAUGUCACUUGUUAUAGAGGAUAGCAACAUUAUCUUUUUUGCCCCCAACAAAAGAGAAAAAAAGGUGUUUGUUUUUUUCCUUAGCAUAAGUGUUUCUGUAGUUGUCUAAUGUCUUCUAAGCCCUAGAUUGCAAAAUGACCUACAACAGGCACUGGGGCUCUGGGCACAGACCCUGGAAAAAAUUAAGACAAUUAAAAAAGAAGCUUUUUCUUUCUGAUCCCUUGACACUGGUGACAUGUGUAUUUUGUGUGGUGUUUCCCUUAUCCUCACAUGUGGUGUGGAGAACAAUGCAUGCGGAAAGAAUAAAAGAAAAAUGAAAGUGAAUAUUCA